GGUGGUGGUGGGGAGAAUAUUGAAGAGAUGAGUAGCCAUGUAGAGGGCUUCUACCCAGAAGUGAGGAGGAAGGUUAGCUUGAAAGAGAAGAGUGCGGACAAUGUUGUUGAUUGUGCGGAUAGUGCGUUCUGCGCGGCCAUUCUGUUGGCUCGUGUAGGGGCAGGAGAAGCGAAAAAGAAUUCCGAGAGAUUCAAAAAAGGUACCCCGUUCAUGAAAUCAGGGGGAACCAUGCAAACAGCGCUGUCCAAGAGACCAAACAGCGCUGUUGAGAGAAACACCGUCAACCAGUUUGUGCCAACAGCGCUGUACAACACGCCAACAGCGCUGUCCCAGGGAGACAAGAGCAGGGCUGCCACCUCCGGGAAAUCAAAGUCCAAAUCCCGGGCGCCUACGACAUCCACUGAGGAACGCCUCUACUAUGGUGACGGGUCAUACCUUUGGUUUGAUUCCGAGGAGGAACGCACCCGUUUCCUCACCUUCUUCUCUAAACGGGUUGUGGCUCCUCCACGGAUCAUCCCGGAGCGCUACCCGGAGCUGCAGGGCUACGACGACCUCGACGCGCACCUUCAUCAGGCCGGCCUUUGGCCCUUCGUCUCCCGGGCUCGGAAGGAGAUCAACCCGGCGCUGAUUCGGGUCUUCUACUCCAACCUCUGGCGUGAGGGCGACGUGCUCUAUUCUCUUGUCAAGAGCACGCCGAUAGAACUUUCAAUUGUUGGCAUCACCGAGCUCAUCCGCCAUGCCUCGGGCCGCCCCACCAUCCACUCCGCAAACCCCGAAGGCCGUCUUCUUCUCUACAUCGUCUCCCGGAUCAUCAAACCCAGGAAGCACGGCCACACCAUCAUGUCCGAUGAAGACCUCAAACUCAUCCAUGCGAUCAUGCACUCGGCCCCAAUCAAUUGGGCAAAGUUUGUCAUGGUCAACAUGACGAUUGCCGCGUCCACCGACCACGAUCACCUCCUCCCGUACCCGUUCGUGGUGAUGGACAUCCUUGAACGGUUCAAGGUGACCACCACCGUUGGCCCACUCACAAAGGCCACGAAGAUUUGGGCGAUCAGUACUAAAACCUUCAAGAAGCGGUCGGACAACGCCGGACCUGCCACUGCCGUGCCACGGCCCUGUUCUGCUGCUGGCCCAGCCGAACCCCAAACCCGGGCCAACCUUGCCUCCAUUGCGCACUCUCUCAACCGGCUGCACUUCAAGGGUAAAAUCUUGUCCGUACCCAAAUGUGGAGAAUACGGAGAAGGAGAAAGGAACGAGAAGAAGAAGGCUAUGGUAGCAGCUGAAAGUGACGAGUCUUCCAGUUCAAGUUUGGAUGAGGAAACCCUCGUCUGCAUAGAGCGCAGAGCUGAGAAGUCCAACCAUGAAGAUCAAUGGACAAUGUCAGAAGAUGACACUCUCUGCCUAAUGGCAAAAGAGGAUGCUGAUCAAGAGCGAUGUUGGACAUUAGACAUCGCUGUUGAGCCAAGGUUGGAUUUCCAGAAUCUUCUGGAACAGCGAUGUAGGCUUCCCUACAUCGCUGUCCAACCUAAGCCCAAGAUAUUGUGCAUUGGCAGAAAGUUUUUGGACAGCGAUGUUGACCCAGAAACAGCGCUGUCAGGCCAAACUUCCAUCUUCAAAGGCAGACCUAAACAGCGAUGUUCUAGUGAUACGAGCCUUUUGAGCAAUCUAAUUCCCUAUGAUGGUCCAAAAGUUACUUUUGGAGGAAGCAAUGACUUCGGCCUUACAAAGGGGCUAGGAAAUCUGGUGUACAAGGGAUUAACCAUCCAGGCUCUAUCUUAUGUGGAAGGUCUCAACUAUAACCUUCUAAGCAUAAGCCAGUUCUGUGAUAAAAGUUACUCUCUAGAAUUCUGUAAGGACAUGGCAUCCCUCAAGAACAUCUCCACAAAUAAAGUCAUUCUCACUGGGAAUAGAAUAAGGAACAUCUACGAAUUAAUGUGGGAAGAUGUCAAGGAAGCAUGCCUGAUCAGCAAAGGUGACACUAACCUUCUAUGGCUUUGGCAUAAGAGGUUGAAUCAUCUUAACUUCAAAACCCUCAACAAGCUGUCCAAAGAAGGCACAUAUGCAUCGGAUGAACUCAAAAAUCAGAUUGAACACCAAGAAAAGAUUGCAGAUUUUUUCCUAUUUCAGCACCUAUAAGCUGUAAAAAGUGUAAAAUUUGCAUUUUGCACUCAAAAAAUCAGCUUACAAGUCCAAAAAUAACUUUUCAAAGUGCAGAAUUUUUCCUUAGUAUCCAAAAAUCAGCUGUAAACAAUGCACAUGUCUCAAUUUUCAGCUUAAAUAUGACCAUAUUAUAACACCCGAGAGGUGAUAUUUUCAACAAAGCAACCAUUAGGUA